GGCGACGAAGAGUACACCGUUGGCACUAUCACCACCGAGGACAUGGCGCGGAUUACGUCCAGCGUACUCGUGCUCUUCUGCGUGAAACUCGCUUCUCUAAUGGAUCCGGCGUGCGUGAUCGACCUGGAGUGCGAGGAGUGCGUGCCGGACAACAUGCCGCUGGUGACGUCGCACCGGGCCGCCAACGGCUCCGUGCGCGUCGAGGACGGCGACGAGGUGACGCUGGCCUGCGGCGGCGGCAAGUUCCUGGCGUACCCGCUGCGCGAGUCGCUGGGUGCCGUGUGCCGCGGCGGCCGCUUCCUGGCGCACCCGGACGGCGCGCUGCGGCACCUGCUGGAGCUGGGCUGCCAGGAGAGCGUCUUCGAGGACGUGCUGCACGAGGUGGAGCACUGCGCCCCGCCGCUGCAGGGCCGCGCCGUGCGCACGCGCGCGCCGGGCUCGGGCGCGCCGCGGCACCUGGCCACGCUGUGCUUCGACGCCGACCGCGCCGUGGCCGCCUUCGCGCGCGCCGGCAACGCGCCGGCCGGCCUGGCGCUGCCGCCGCACAGCGAGGCGCGCGCGCCGCUCAGCCUGCUGGGCAACUUGCAGCAGCUGUUCGACGCGCGGCUGCGCGCCGACGCGCGGCGCCUGUUCUCGGACGACGCGCGCCUGGAGCGGCGCCUGCGCGGGCUGCUGCGGCCCGAGCGCGUGGCGCUGGCGGCGCAGGCGCUGACGGCGGCGCCGCUGCUGGCGCCGCGCUACUUCGACGGCCAGAGCGCGCGCGCCGCCGGCUUCGAGGCCGGCGCCGUGCUGGCGUGGCGCGGCGUGGCGGCCGGCAACCUGCGCCACCUGCAGCGCGACGUGGCGCGGCUGCUGCGCGCGGCGCCGCCGCGGGCGCUGGACGUGUACGCGGGCACGCACGGCGUGCUGUCGCUGCGCGCCGGCGCCGCCCGCCGGCCGCUGUUCCUCAAGCCCGGCCGCUUCCCGGUGCCGCAGUACGUGUGGACGGUGGUGCACGACGCCGCCGCCCGGCGCGCGCUGGCGCUGGUGCUGCUCAACGACCCCUUCGUGGCCGUCAGCGAGAUCCGCGAGCGCGUCUUCUGCGAGAGCGCCUGCGGCCGCGCCGCGUGGCUGCGCGACCUGCGCGAGAACCGCAACUACGAGGUGCCCGCGCAGGGGCUCGUGUUCUGCUGCCCCGUGCACGACUUCGCGGCCGUCGUCGCCGAGAUGCCGCGGCGCGCCCUGGCCGACGUGCCGGCCGGCGACGCCGGCAUGCUCGUGGACUCUUACGCGUAGUUCUAGCGCGGUGGGGCGGGAGGGUUCCAAAUGAAAGUAGCCUUAAGUUUUAGCAGUAAAACGUUUAUUAAAAGUAGAAUACGAAUGACAAGUUAUCGAUUCAACCAGCCCCCUUUAAUCCUUCUCGGCUAUGGCGGUGAGAUGCCUGUCGAUUUCGCCCUCCGUUAACACGCUGGAACCGAAAAAAAUAUUAUUACGAACUAGAUGACGAGUGGUCAAAAUUACGACUAAAGUUAAAACUACUACUAUUAUAGAUGACGCUACGACUAUAAAAAAUCGUUGAAAAAACAAAUACAAAGACGCGACGCAAACACAUAGAAAAAUUCGCGAGGUCCACU